GAUAAGACAUAACCCAUCAAUAAUUGAAUUUUAUAUCUGUACUUUGAUCAUCCCGCAAAACCAGAAAAAUACUUAUACGACUAGAGCAUCAUUCUAUUUGUGGUUAAGCCAACCAACAGUACUUCGUCUUCUUCCUCAUCCACUGCUUCUUCUUCUUCUUCCUCUUCUUUCUGUCACAUAAGUUCAAUGGCUGCAACAUGUUGCUUCUCCCCUUGUAUCCCAACCCAAAAAUCUGGUCCAGCAAUAAGGCCUUUCAGCAGAGUUUUGAGGCUCAAACACUGUCAAGUUUCUGUCAAGAUCAAAAGCUCUACACUCAAGAUCAGAUGCUCCUUGAGAGAAGAGGUUUUUGAGGAUCGGUCCAAUGGAAUUAUUUGCUACAAAGAUGACAGAGGUGAAAUAAUUUGUGAAGGAUUUGAUGAGGGUCCUAGAUAUUAUCACCAACAGAAUCCAAGAACAGGUUGUCAACCCAGUUCAGCAGAGACGCUGAGAUCUUUGAUCUACUUCAACAACAAAGGUGGCUUAAUUUUAUCACAGACACAGAAUUGAACCGUGCUGAUAAAGGCAGUGUUCUGCAAGAGGACAUCAAAAACUGCAAUGGCUUCAACACUCACCGCUAAUCAGCUCAACCCAAGUGUCAAGUCUCUUGUCAAAUCAUAUAAAAUGGUUCCACAACUUUAAUAUGCCCCCAAUUAUAAUUAUGUAACAUAUAUAUAAAGAAAGGCAUAUCCUUCAAUGAAUCAUAUAAUUGAAUAUCAUGCAUAAAUGCAAUGUCUUUGAAGCACAUUCUUUUUUCUUCUUUUUUUCUUCUUUGUUUUUUUCCAGAAUGUAGAGGGUCAAAUUCCCAA